AUGACUCUUACCCAAGAGGGUAAAUCGAGAGCAUGCACAGAUUGCAGGCGAAAAAAGACCAAAUGUCUCCAUCGAGAAAUUUUGACUGAGCCUUCUGGGAGCGCAAAUAUUGAUUUCCCAUCGAAACCACCAGAAUUCGACGACCAACCUGAACUAGAUGGGCAGCGAAAUCCUAAACGCAAAGCUCUGCUCACGGAUGAAACGCGUAACACACGUUUGCGUUCUGUACGUCCUUCGAACAACCCGAACGAUCCAAACGUAUCCUCCGACGUAAAUCCAAGCAAUCUGCAUGAAAAUACACGGGGUUCCACUUGCCGGUUUCAUGAGGCGAUUGAUGUACUUAAAGAACUCAAGCAGGACUUAGAAAAUAGGGCGGUGCGAGCUGAGUCCGAUAAAAAGCGGGCGCUAAAAGAGAAAGAGUGGGCGCUAAAAGAGAAAGAGUGGGCGCUAAAAGAGAAAGAGCGGGCGGAAAGGGCCAAAGAGCAGGUGGAAAGAGACAACAAGCGAUUAGGCGAACUGCUGGAACAAGCCGAGAGAGACAAACAACAAGCAGAGAAAGAUAAAGAAAAUCAAGAACUUAAGUUGCGCAGUCACAUAAAGGAGAUGGAAGAGGUGGUAGAGAUCGAGCGAGUCAACCGGUGCGAAGAGGUCGACAAUUUGAAAAGAAUACAUCGGGAGGAUUCCAUUCUGAUCGAAGAUCUCCGAAGCUGGCUUCGAAAGUUUGUUUCAGACCCGAUACUGAGGCGCUUCGACCCAGACUACGGUGCACCGGGCGAGAUGAUGGGGAGGUUAUUACAUUGA